AUGGGCGUGAGCUUGGUCUCUGGGGUCAAUGGCACUCGUCAUUCUGUCUCCAAAGGUAAAGGCAAAGCAAAGGCUACUCCAGAUGUAGAUGACGAUGACACUACUUCUCGGAAACGCAAGCGCGGUUCUCAGAAGGGACGUACCAGUGGUUCUUCAAACUAUACAGAUGAGGAUCUUGGUAUCCUGUUCGAAAUUCUUCGGCGCAACCUUCCUCUUGGCCAACGAGCUUGGUCCCGUUGUGCUGACGAGUUUAAUGAACAAGCAGAGCAGCAAGGACGGCCCACUCGUUUAGCAAAAUCUCUUGAACUCAAAUACAAGCAGCUGGUAAAGACCACUAAACCCACUGGAGAUGCGGAGCUGCCUCGGAAUGUGGAGGAUGCUCUCGAGAUUGAAGAAAUGAUGAAUGACAAGGCAGGAACACGCGAUCUUGACGACUCGGAUAUAGGUGAUUUCGAUGAUAAUGAUUCCGACUCAGAGUCAGAUAAGGAGAAUGCACCAACGCGGAAAAAAUCAAAGGCAACUGUCAAGAAGCAGUCCACUGCUACUGGACCAGUCGCUCGUAGGCAAGCCACUGGACAACAGACAUCAGUAACUAGCAGCAGAGACUUUGUAGAUACUCUUUCGGCAGCUUUGGACCCUGUUGCGCAGACAGCAAGGGCCGAGGAGCAGUCAUCCCGUACUCUACAAGCCACCAGCAUGCUGACCAUGUCUAGCCAGCUCCGAGAACUUCAACGCACAACCGAAAAUCUCCGCCAACGUCUGGAUGAAUCACAGAGGGAUCUCAUGCAGGCUGAACGGCGCGCCAACCGUGCUGAGAUGCGUGCUGAUCGUUUGGAGAUGAUGUCUGCUGUCAUGCAGACUCCCAUAGCUCCUGCUCGUAGUUUUCGCCCUCCAUCUCAUGGAUACCCUGUUCCUCCCCAUGCUCGUGUACAUAACCAUGAACCAGCCACUGAACCUGAGCGUUGGGUGAGGCAGGAAAUACAUUAUCCUGAAGGAGGACGCUCUUCUCGUUGGUUCAAUGUAGAUGAAGACAUUUCGAGUCCAGGCAGGUAUGAGGACUAUAACCGAGAAAAUCUUGAACCUGGGGCUUGCGUGUUUUAUUCUGAUGUUCAGAUGCGCUCUCCUACAUCAAUUCGCCCUCCUCGUACACCUUCUCGGCAUCAAAAUGAAAGCUCAAGACUCGAUUUGACAGUCUCUCCAAGCUCUGUGGCUGGAUCCUCUGGCCACAAAGCUUCGGUAUCUGUUUCCAUUACUCCUCAUCGCUUGCAUCACCGUAAAGGUUCUUUCCAGACAUUUGAAGCAUCCCAAGGUGACUGCGACAAACCUUCUCAACCCAACCGUGAAAGCUUUUAA